CGAGGUCGGGACGUACCUGGAUGCUUCGGGGACCUUCCCGUUCCAGUCGAGCGAUGAGUCGAAGAACCCGAAGCUGACAAACGAAACAGAUGGCCCGACUGUCUUUGAAAUGGUCCUUGUGUCCAGUGGAACAGACUUUAUCCAGGUUGCCUGGGGGUGUGUCUCCAGAUUAUAACACAACUUAUUCCAUCAACCCCGAUGACGGAGCGGAGCUCGAUCUCGACAGGGAGGAAAAUGGUCUCCUCACGUAUCGUGGUCUGCAGCCGGCCAGCGAGUAUACGAUCUUUGUAACAUACAACGACAGCAUGAAUACGCAGGUUAACGUGUCAACUUUCACUGAACCGUUACAACCAGCAGACUUCAAGGUGAUCUCUGCAUCAUAUCAGGAGAUAGUCUUGUCCUGGAGCCCUGGUGGUGGCCAGACUUCAAUGUAUGAGAUUACUUUAACCACAGACGCUUGUGGAGGAUAUACCAUCAGUAACGAAAUUACAAAUCCAAAUGCAACCUUGGGCGAUUUAAGGAUCGCCACAAGCUUCGUGAUCACUGUCGUGGCUGUAGUUGAUGGAACAAAGAGUGCCCCUGGCUCUAUCACUGUGGCGACAGAUGAUACUGAUGUAGUGGAAAAUGCCGUGUCUGUGUUGUCUGCUUCUACUCUAAACGACAGAGAUGUUCAACUUACAGUAGCCAUCUUGUCUGAUAGCCCCUUUACGGCUACAGUGGAUUCCACUCCCUUCAGUGGGUCGUGUAGUCAGUCGAGUAUUGAGGAAGUGACAGUGAAUACAGGAACAAAUAUCACACUUAAUAUUACUAUAAGUGACGGAACUUUCCCCUCGAACUACAGAACAGAUCCUGGUAUUCUUCAAAAUGUUGGAGUGGAAAGCAUUACAUCGACAUCGGCAGUGGUUGGGUUUUCAGCACCACUAAGAGGAAGCUACGACGGUGCUGUCUUGAUCCUGACUUCCCUUCAAGAUGAGGAUUACUACCCCCCUGGACAGGAAUGGAAAGUGUCUUCCCCAGAUACAAACUUUACCCUAGAGGAUUUAAAACCGUCUACCAGCUACAACGUGUCUGCCAAGGCCUUCCUCCUUUCCAUAGAUGGCUUUGAGGAACAGUUUAGCCUUGAAGAGAUAGAGACCUUUAAUACACUCGCUCUCCCGGCCUCGGAAAUUUCAAUUCUUGAGAUGGGGGAUGACUCCGUAACAUUAAUCCACGGUGGACAGAGUGCCACCUUCAACUUCAGUGUAAGUCCAGAAAUCGAUUCUAUCAGCCCGAGGGAGGGCAACCGGGUGGACCUAACUGGACUUCAACCGGGAGUCACCUAUAGCUUUUCGGUCAACGUCAUUGACGAAUCAAAAGAGGCUUCCAUUCUUCUACGGUUGCCUCCCGCAAGACCUCUCGUGAGUGUUGGAGCGACGACAGAGACUUCGAUAACGUUGAACAUCGACACAAGCAGCGGCACCGCAGACACAUACGCUAUCAAAAUCGCAUCUACCAACCCUGAAUUCUGUCUCUUUGAAGACGAGCGAAGCCAGGAGUUCUUAGAGUCCGUUGACCACGUGAUUGAUUACCUCCCGCCUGGGCUUGAGUAUACCAUUGAGGUGACGGGUGUGGUCGCAGCAAUUACGGAUGAUGGUGGAGUUGUGUUGGAGAUGACAAGUGGACCUGAAGCGAAUGUCAGUGGCUCUACGGACUCAGUCCGCAGAGGCGAAUUUCUGGUCAUCGAUGAAGGUGAAGCGAACAUCACCCUUGCCUGGUACUCUAAUACCACCUCCAACCUCACAGUGACGGACAUGACCAGAGCACAGAGUAUGACUGAUUUCAUUCUUUCUGAGACCGAUUGUUCGUCCCCACGAGUAAUGGACUUCGAGCUAUCUGAUCCGGGGACUGUUUACACAAUAGCCUACAGUGCCAUCUCUGGGGAAGAAUUUGAAUACAGGAUUAGAACAGAUCCAGGAGACUUAGAAAAUUUCAGGAUUUCACAUACGAACCAAACAUCUAUUGAAUUAUAUCGAGAGCUGCCAUUAGUAGGUGAUGUCGAUCGGGUAGACGUAACCAUAGUCUCACAGGUGGAUAGGCGGUACAACUCUCCAGGCCAGACUAUAUCGAUUAACAACAUCCAAGCAUCGUAUCUUCUUGACGACCUGCUUCCCUCUAUUCUGUACGAGUUUUUUAUCAGAACUGUCCUAAAUGCAACUGAUGAAUUUGAGGAGCAACAGAGUGGAAGUUUAAAGGAUGUUGCAUCAACAUCUUCUCCUGCUCCAGGAACAAUUUAUGAGAUUGAUCGCAAUGAGACAUCAAUCUUUUAUACUCUACCUUCUUUUACGAGCAUCGAUGUGGAUCUUAGUCCAAUAGGAGAAUGGGAAACGAGUGAUGAAAAUAAUAGAGUUUACAUCACAAAUCUGAUUCCUGGUCAGCUGUACAACGGGUCUAUUGACAUCAGCAGUGAGGAAUUGAUGGUUAGAUUCAGAUUGCGUCCAAGCCAACCAGUAGUGACUAUUCUGGAUUUUGCGGAGUCCAACAUCACAUUAGAACUCAAGCCUGGGUUAGGAGUCCUCGAUGAAUACAUCAUCACAAUAGCAUGCAGGGACGCUACUCAAAACGAUUGUGAUUGUGAAGACGAAUAUCGAGUUGAAGGAGAUUCUGAGACAUUCAUCCUCAGUGACCUUCGACCCGGAGUGGAGUAUGACAUCCGAGUCAUGGCUUGGGGUGGUCCGGAACUAGAUGAACGCAGUGAGCCGGUCAUUUUGGAAAACAUGACUACGUCCAUCCCUGGCGAUGGUUUCACCGUCUUAGACCAGACUCCGGACAGCGUGUUCUUGGCCUGGACAGCCAGUGAGCCUACCAACGUCACCAUGGAACGUAUGAUGGAAGGAAGCUACGUCCACAAUGCCACUUUCCCUUACAGGGGAUGCUUCAGCUCCUAUACCCUGAUGGUGGAGGAUCUGGAACCGGUAACCCUCUAUCGCUUCACCUCGACCGGUGGUGAUACCAUUCUCAUCAGAACGGAUCCGCCGUCCAUUGCAAAUUGUUCCGUCAAGACAUCGUCCUCAAGCUACGUGUUCACCUGGUCAGCUCUGCCUUCUGGACGUACGGACGACUACCAAGUGACCGUCACAGAUUCUUCUGGUCAAAUCGUGCAGGAAGAGACUGUGUCCCCGGAAGACGACCUUGAAGUGAUGCAGGUUCAGGUUGAGCCGGAAACCAAUCUCACGCUGGUUGUUAAUUCGCGAUUGGCAGCUGACGGCGAUUUUCCUGAGCAGUUUGGCCCCGUUCCCUGUAUGGUUGAGGCAGUCACCAGGCCACUUGUACCUGGUGAACUAUCCACCGGUAAUGAAACGUCUGAUGGUAUCCCCUUUACUGUGGGAAAUGCCAGCAUGAUUCCGGGAUUUGAGGAUUACUCCUUCACUAUAGAGCCACCGGGUCCGACGUUGAGCUUUGACGCUGACUCACUGAUGGGAGUUUUCAGUGACAUCACCCCUGGUCAGCUGUACACCAUCACUUCCAACGUAGAAGGAACAGACAUGUCUUUCACAAGCAGACAUCGAGCAAAGCCACUCUCCCCUGUUAAUAGCACGUCACCGGUCGCGACCGUGACAACCGUCCGUCUCGAAUGGAUCAUACCAAACGGCAUUGUAACCUUCUACAGGGUGUCUAUCAACCCCACCUUUGAGACCGAGGAGAACUUCAUCGACAUCGAAGACCUGCUUCCCGGAACUCACUACAAUGUGUCUAUUGUAGCUGUCAGUGGUACUGGGCUGUAUCAGCAGAUAAGUGAUCCACUUGAACUCGAGGUCAUCACAAGUGAGAUACCAGCAGGUGAAAUGGUGUUUGUAGAUGUGACUUCAUUGUCCGUGACGGCCAUUUUUGACACCACUGGUGUUAUCGGUUCUGUUCUAGUGCGCAUCACCAAUAGUGGUGGCGGUUUUCUUCCAUCCAUUUAUCCGUCUGGCAACAUGUUCACGCUUGAUGAAAGUUAUAUACAGCCAUCGCAAAUUUACAAUUUCAUGGUGUUUGACCUCGCCGACGCUAGUGAUACUUUUGCAGAAGGGAGUGUUCGAUCAAAUCCGGAAAUCCCGCAGCCUCCGAGGCCAGCCAGUGUUGGGUCUUUCAGCCUUUCCUUCGAAUGGGACGCCACCGUGACGCCGUUAUCGUCCUACAGGGUGUACUAUGUUCCUUUCUCCUUUAGAAGGGAACAGGUCUCCACCAUUCCAAGUAACAGCACGGACCUGACCUAUAGGCAGGAGUGCCUGAGACCAGACACAGAGUAUGUCUUUGAGCUCCUCACUGUCCUGGACGCGGCCGAUGGGUUCGGCGAACAGACCAGUAACUCCGCACAGUCCAUCACAAUCACCACAGCUAUGUACCCCAACAACGAGCCACACAUCUCCAGCAAUACCAACACAACCCUGACGCUCACCUGGAUCGACGCUGCCACCGACGCAGAUCAGGUGUGCCUGAAGGAACUCUGCAGCACCCUCCGAAGUGCCAUGCCCGUAUGUCAGCAAACCAAUCAGACGUGCCCAAUCUUCUACCACUUCGAGGACCUGGUACCGGGCAGGAGAUACGUGGUCUAUGUCGAGAACAACGAUGGGACCAUGGAGGACAUCAUUUUCACGCAAACAAAACCUAAUCCUCCGGAGUUCCUCAACGCCACGGCUCUCGAUUCCAACAAAAUUCAAGUCUACCUGGUUCCGCCCGAGGGAGAGUUUGACGGUUACGAGCUCUCCUUCUCUCCUUCCAAUGUCAGUCCCAUUUCCUUGGAGCCGGAGACCAGUGUUUAUGUUCUGGAUAAUCUCCAAGCUGACACAGAGUAUACCAUAAAUGUUCUUGCAUUCAGCGGGCACAAUGGACAACGUCUAGAAGGGGAUGUCAUCUCUGCAACCACGACCACUGAACAAAUGAUCCUUGACGCCACGAACAUUGCCACUGAUGGCUUCUUCGUCACCUGGUCGUCCGCCAUGCUGGCCCUGACCCCGACCGACAGAUUCCAACUGUCCUACUUCUCAAUGGUGAAUAAUUCAGAGACCGUCCCCCGGGAUUCUAGCGAGGUUUACAUCCAUCCGAUCGGAAACCUCGUACCAGGGGACCUCGUCACGGUCAGUCUUUCAACGGUCACAUCGGGAGGCCAAGCUACGUUGAUUGACACCCUCGUGAGGCGAACAAAGCCUGAGGAAGUAUCAUCUUUCACGGCCACUCGGGACUCACCGACCAGCAUCCGCUUGUUGUGGAGGGCGCCACCUACUGGCCUGUACUGGGGAUACCUCGUCUGGUACACUCCGUCCGACGGGGACCAGAGCUCACCGAUAGAACUGGGGCAGGACGAGGAAGAGUUGACAAUUACCGGACUUGCGUUUGACCAGAUGUACAACGUCAGCAUCAGGUCUUUUGCCGGGAGGGGUGGUUCUUAUCGUGAAAGUGACCCUGUAAUGGAUAUGGUUUCAACAGGUAUGGGUGAGGCAAAUGAGGUCAACAUCCGUACGCUGACACCGACGUCAGUCUCGUUCACUUGGGCUGGAUCCGGUAGCGGGAACUUCAUCGUCAGCCUUUCACCCGUGGGUAGCUGUAUGGCCGAUACCCCGGCCAAUGAGGACGUGGCUUCGAGAGAGGCGACGUUCAAUGACCUCGUACCUGGUGCCAGAUACGCCAUUGAAAGGGAUGGAUCGCCUCUGACUAUUGAUGAUGAGAACGCAGAGUUUAUAGCAGUGCCCGACCAAGUGAGCAAUGUUCAGGUGAAAUUCAUCAACUCCAGUGCGGUAACGCUGACUUGGACACCGCCCUCUGGCUGCUACGACCGGAUAGAGAUCAGCUACUCUCCCGAUACCUGCACCAACCCGUCGCCGAUCGUGCUCAGUCGCGAGGAUGGCAACGAGCACACCCUAACGCCGCUGGGAGCUGACGUGGAGUAUGAGUUGUCCUUCAUUACGCUUCAAAUGACAGCUAGGAGUGAGCCAUACCUGGCCACUGUGCGCACAACAUGCCCGGAGAAAGAGAAGCUCAACGUUGGUUCUGUACAGGCAGACAGUAUCUCCCUCACAUGGGGCGAGACCACCGACCCCUCGGCAACGGGUUACACCCUUGUGGCCACGCCCGAAUCUUCCACGCCGAUCGUGCAGGCGCUUCCUCUGUCGGUGUCAGAGCACACGUUCAGCGGAUUAAUGAGCGGAGUGGAUUACACCAUCUUGCUUUAUGUGAACGGAACCUCCAUAACUGAUACGAUCACCCAAACGACUUGUCCAAGUGAAGCCAGAAAUGUGUCGGUAAUUUUCUUCACCCAAACAUGUCUGACCUUUGUCUGGUUGCCACCUGAAGGAAACUUUAACAGCUACGAGGUGUUUGUCCGACAUGGCAACCCUCCCGUCUUUGUCUUCGAGCGGACUGUGAAUCCCGACGAAGAUCUUAAUAUCCUGGUUGAGAACCUGAACGCUGGCACGCUCUACACCAUCGGUGUCGUCACGGUUGUCAACGGAUUCAUGGGGAAGCCCGCCCUCACAACACAACGAACAAUUGAUGAUCUUGUGAUGACUUCAUCUGUCGUUGACGAUCUCCAGGCCGUCCGUGUUUCCUGGGAGCCCCAUGUCGACGCUGCCUACUACAACCUUGUCUACAUACCAGAUAACGGCAACGUCACCUCCGAAGAUUUGACCAACAUCUCCGACACCUCGGUAACCAUCGGCAACCUCACGCCCGGCAAGCGAUACGUCUUCAUACUUUCUCUUUACAACAUGGAUAAUGAGAGUUCCCUGUUGGCGCAGACUUCGUAUACCCUGAAACCGGAAAGCCCUAUAUUGCGGAUAAUUGAGCCCUCAGCAACCACCGCUGAACUUUCUUUUGUGCCAACUGUUGGAGUGUACGAAACGUACGAGAUCAAGGUUAGACCAUCAGGCCCGACUUUGAUCGGAGACCGAGCUGCAGUCGGUCGGCGGUUCAUAUCAGGUCUUACACCCAACACAAAUUACACUGCCACCGUCACGCUUAGGACUGGUGAUGAAGAAUUUGAAGACGAUAUCGAUUUCACGACAGAUGCUCUCGAAGAAAACUCUUUGUAUGUCGCUGACAGGACAACCACAUCCGUCAGGCUUGUCUGGAUAGAAAACCCAGCCAAAGCUCUCUAUGCCAUUCAGCUCUUCAGAGGUGGCAGCAUCUUUGUGCGAGGAGAUUCUUUUGAACGCUCCGAUCUAGAACCUGGCACUGAGUAUAACCCAAUCUUGUACUUCAUGGACCCGGGAAAUGACGACUUUACAACGGCGGACGAUUCACUUGUGUUCACAACACAACCGGAACCAGUUUUGUUCUUUGAGGUCAAGGAAGUCGGUGAGACAAACAUCACUUUCGUAUGGAGCGGCCCUCCCACAGCCUUUCAUGCAUAUCUCCUGUAUAUCACACCAGAUGUUGAAAAAAGGCUGGGCACAGACGAGACAGAGAUAACUGUAGAACUUGACGUAAAUACAGAAUAUCUCGCAACAAUAUACACCAUUGUUGAAUCCACCUCAACGACUCUCAGCGAACCUGCAACGCUCAAUGUGAUUAUUGAUCCGCGAGAACCUGGAGCUAUUCAAGUUACUGAGGUGACUUCAACAUCAAUUUCAAUUACCUGGACCGAGAUCGCAGGAAUCACCGACUAUAUCGUGAACCUUACCCUUGCGAGCAACAACUCGUUGCUUUUCUCCAGGAUCAGCCGAGAUUCCCGCGAGGCGAGCUUCUCCGGGCUCAGUCCGGGAGAGGAGUACGUCAUCAAGAUCGGGCUGCAGUGCGCUGGAGAGGUUCUCUCUCUUCGACAGUUCACACGCCCCUUCCCUCCAAUCUGCCCUGUCUUCACGUGGGUCGCAGAAGAGACCGUUAUCUUCCAGUGGUCACGGCCGGAAGGCCAGCUCUUCGGCUACGAGAUCACCUACGACGACAAGCACGGCCCGUACGCACCCAUCGACGUGUUUGACCGAAACUCCCUGCAGCUGGAGAGGACCGUCUCGGGUUUGACGGACGGUGCGAACACGGUGGUGAAUAUUUCCACUCUCGCUGGUGCAGGAAGAACCCAGACGCGAAGCGAACACGUCUCCAUCUCUCCGAGGACCCUUGGCAGUGCCUUCAACAUUACAACGGUGACCUCAACUAGUAUCUCAUUUGGAUGGUAUGACCUCCCAGAUGCAACCUCGUACGACGUCUGCAUCCAACCCAUGACGGGGAACUCUACCUGCCAUAACCUGACAGAGAAGAUGACAACGUUCAAUGAUCUUACCCCUGGCGCGGCUUACACGCUCUUUAUCGGAUGGGACGAUGCAUGUGGAGUGUCCCGGACAUUGAAUACUAUUCCGGGCAGCCCUGUUAAUACAUCUUUGGGUAGCAUCCUGUCGUGUGCUGGCCAGGUUACGUGGGAUAUUCCCGAUGGCGAUUACGACUUCUUUGAAGUCAUCUACAUGCCAGACCAUGGCUUCACCGAAUCUCCGUCCCACAUCUACCGCGAGGACAUCAACGAGAACCAAACCACCGUUGAAUUUUCUUUCGUCGGCAUCCUGCCCGACACCGAUUACAACGUUUCUGUGGUGACUGUCUCCGGGGCACUAGACGUGAAGAGCGAGCCUUCGUACAUCUCAUUUAGAACAGCAUCCCCUGCUAACGGCAGUGUUGAGGUAGCGGACCUCUUUUCAGAUGAGAUUCAACUCAUGUGGAGUAGUGAUGCACAGGAAUAUGUUUAUAUAAGAUAUAAUAUCGACGGCGAGGAUGAAGCCAUGUGUGACAACAGUUCUCUUUGUUCUCUCGGCAACGGCAGUGAAUCUUUCAACAUCACAGACCUCGAAUCCGGUCAGUUGUACAACAUCUUCGUCGAUCGUGAUGGCGUCUGCGAAACCCUCCUGCAGUACACACGUCCGUUAUCACCUGUCAAUGUAACGACCACCGAGAGCACCCUUACUUCGCUCGUUAUCACCUGGGAAGACCCUGGAAACGAAACCAUGUUUGAUCAGUACUACGUUGCUUACGAGAGAGCGGACAUGCUCGGUGAUUUCAUCGAGGUCGGGUUCUUCGAUCCAAACGUGACCUGGGUGACACUCGAAGGCUUGACCCCGAGGACGGAGUACCUCGUUGAUGUAUCUACGGUCGUUGGCGUGGGCGACGCCCGGGAACUCAGUGAGCAGGACCUGCAUUCUGCCUACACUGCUGCUGCUAACGGCACUGUAGAAGUCUUUGAAUUUGACUCCACCAGCAUGCGACUCACCUGGCCAGAGACACCCUCUGACCACAACGUCACUGUCUCCAUCACACCAGACGAUGGCGCUCUUGCAUUGAACCUCGGAAACAGGAGCUCUGACGUAACCGGCCUUGUACCAGGAAGACUGUAUAACAUCAGUAUCUUCCCUUUUGAUGUUAUCCAUCAAAGAACAAUUCCGCUUCCUCCGGUCAACCUAUCAAUCUGCUCGGACGUCAAUGCAACCUACUUCUCCAUCUGCGUGACUUUCACCCCUCCAACCGGCGAUUUCGAUGCCUUUAACGUAUUUAUCAGGGUAGGAGUAGAUUGGCCUUUUGGGCGCCGAAGGAAAAGAUCCAUAACACCGGAAGGUUUCGAAUUGGUGGAAACUUUAGCAAGCGACACGUUUGAGACUGUCCUCGACGGUUUGACGCCAAACACGGAUUACGUCGUGAAAGUCGUUACCGUUGCGGGUCCCGACAGUGAGACGGAGCAAUGCAGCACAGCCGUUCUAACCAGAGGCAGAACAUCGAUGAUAGGAGAAAACAGAGUCAUCUUCACGGAGGUCAACUCGACAUCGUUUAGAGUAUGGUGGGACCAUGUUUCAAACUACACUGGGAAUUACAGCAUCACCAUCCAGCCAGACGAACUUGAAGCGCAAGUGUGGCGUUACUCGGAUCCUUACGCCGACUUUGUAGGGCUAUCCCCAUCCACCGUCUACAACAUAACCGUACGGACUUCUUCCGGUGUUGCCGCAAUGGGGAGUGUCAGAACCGAUCCUGACUCUGUCAGUAAUCUCGAAUUGACCACCAUUGAUGAGAUUACCCUUGUCGCAACGUGGGACGCCCCCAGCGUCGUUUCCAGCUCAUACAACAUCCAGCUCAUGCUCUCGGAUGGCAAUGAGACAGUGCGAACUGUCGAGGUGUCGGGAAAUGUGACAGAGUACACUUUUGAGUGUCUCACGCCAAACACGACCUACACCGUUGAAUUGAUGUCUGUACUCCUAGGGAGUGGCUCGUUUGAAGACCAGGUGCCAACAGAUGCCCCGCUUACUGCCACAAAUACAACAGACGAUCUUCAUCCGCCAACCGAGUCCAAGCCGACGGUUUACUCUCUGACCUCCACGAGUGUUGCCAUUCGCUGGGGGCGGCUGGGCCAAGCCGGCUACAGCGUCUGCAUUGUGGAGUACUGUCAACAAGACAUGGUCGAUCCUGUUUGCCUCAAUGAAACCUCUGAUCUGUGCAGCAUCGAAGGAGUUUUUGAUGGUCUCAACCCAGGAGAGCUUUAUUUGAUAUCAUUCAAGGACCUCCUCGGAGAAGAAGAGCUUGGAAGAGUGAGAACGAGACCCGCACCCCCGUCUUCUGUAACCAUCUCGGCGGUGAACUCCAGGAAGAUUGAGAUCCGUUGGGAUCCACCACCGAACAUCGCAGAGAUGGUCCUGGAGUACUUCCAGACUGACGAUCGCACAGAGGAUUACUGGGUGGGUAGGAUCGACAACGACGGAAUGUACGACAUCCACGGCCUUGAUGCGGAUACGAGUUAUACCGUACUGCUAAGCAGCGUUGGAAGGCCAGGAGCGGGCGACGGGAGCGAUGAUGAGCGUUUGUCAGGGGAACCGCUGGAAAAAGAGGUCAUGACAAGUAAGUCAGAAAUGAAAAGCCAAACAACAUUGUGA